AUACUAGUCAGGCAAUUGAAAGCGACAUCGCGGAAUGGCGGCAUCAUGAAAAACUACGUUCGCCAAGUUUGCACGUGAGGUGCCACGGUUUCAACUGGAACUCAUGAGUAUUUCGAUACGACGCAUCGAAUGCUACGGCAAAUAUAAACGGCAAUAACACGCUGCAAUGGAGGACCUAAAGGCAAUGCUGAACUUUGACGGAGCGUCGGUUCAGCGCAAAGCCGUGAAAAAGAUUUCCGAGCGGAUUACCCUCAGCGUGGCGCCUGGACAACCGCUUGCAGCGGACAGCACUAAAAAACCUGCAGAGUUCGACUUGCUGCUUGAAAGCUGUUGCCACAGCAACUCUGUAGUGAGCCACGACUGCUGUGAAGCUUUGCUUGCGCUUGUCGUGAAUGGCCACCUGGACUGGAAGUUUGCCAUUACUCAGCUACUAGGAGCACUCUAUGCAUCCAAAAACAACACGGGUGCUGCCAUCUUGGUCAUAGGAAAGCUUCUCCAAACUCAAAUGCAAGGAGAAAUACAAGCAAAGGCAAAGUACAAGUGUCCGUUUGCACUUCGGAGCCCCACACAUCCACUUGUGCUUGUUCUCCGAGAAAAGCCGGAUUCUUGGAGAUCCGUGCUGGAAGUGGUCCAGCUUUCGUUCGACGAACAUCAGGGAUGGGAGACAUUUGAGAUGCUCUCGCCACUCUUUGACUAUGUGCUGCUCAGUCCGCUAUGGCCCUUGGAGCAUGCUGCUUUGCGGAUGGGGCUCUUCAGGAUAAUCGGUGGUCCGAAAUUCUGCCACCAGCAAGAGGCCUUUCUGAGGGCGUCCCUGCAGUGGCUACCUUUGACGGAUGCUGCAGAACUUGCUCAGGUUGUGGCGAUACUUGAAGAGCUUUGUCCACUGGUGGAGCUUCACUAUCCUAAUUUAUGUGGCUGGUGUGCUACAUACACGCUGUCAGUCUGUCUUCACGCUCACCAACAUCAAGUCACUUGCCUCAUGUUGCUGCGUCAGGUGCAAAGGCUCUGCGAGGCGUCGAAGGAGUGUGACUUUUUGACAGAUGUUUGCAUUGUUGUGCUAUCUGUCUUCCUGACAAAAGCUUCGCUGCCAUACAUCGGAAGGCUUCUUCACAUAUGUGACGUUCUGCUGAAGCAGAAUGCUGGCUCCUCACUGGUUGCUUGGGUUCUCACCUUGCCGUUGGCACAACUGGUGGUUCAGCCUCCAGACUCCGGUCCUUCCGCCGGACAGAGGUCGAGACUCCAAGCAAGCGCUGUGGCACUCCUCAAACAGAUGGAAGCAUUUGAUCCGGAAGAUUCCAAGAAGCGGCCCUUAUUGCCGCACCGGUUUCGCGCUCCGCUAACGAACCUUGGUGGAACUUGCGAGCUUCUCUGCGAUGCCAUGCUGGUUGCCAAGGUCCUCUACGAGUACAAUCAGUUGGACUGUGAGAGACGCGAACCAUUCAUCAAGACCCUCGGUGGAAUGCACCGUUCGAGAGAACACCCAAAUUUCCUUAUCGCCUUGACUGCAUCGGCUAUUGUCACAUCGACCGAGGACGCCGGCGUGGUUGGUGCUGCCUUGGGCGUCAUUUUGAGCACCAUUUCUGCAACCGUCGAGUUGGGAACGUCCGUCUUUCCUCUGAUGCUGUACAAGCUGGGCAGAUGCAGGGCCCCCGACACAAUCUUAGUUCUCCUCAAAAGCCUCCCCAAGACUGCCGUCCACAAAUACUGCAUCCCACCGCUGUACAAUGCCUUGCAAGCCCUGUCUGCCAACCCUGUGCUGAAGGCGUGCUGCAUCGCCAGCAUGGCCCAGCUUUACGCCAAGCAGCCGCAAAGCUUCCCCCUCCUGCUCAAGGCGCUGCGCGAAGAAGAAGAGGACUCGUGCUACGACGACGUGCUGCUCGCAAAGGCGGCUGCCAUCGGCGACGUCAUCAAACACGACCCCUCGAUGCAUGGCGUGGACAUGCUGGGUCCGCUUUCCCUGAUUGUGAGCAAGCACAGCAAGUACCACCAGUCUGCUGCUGUGGUGCUUGCAUUGCAAGGCAUCUACAACCUCUGCAAGUCCGAGGUGAUAGAUGUGAAGACAACCUUAGCAGCGAUUGUCCCCAAGCUAUGGAGGGACGAAAGGCCCCAAGUGCUGAGAAGCCUUUACCACCUGAUGUCCGUGGUGCCCGUGCUGUCGGUGCCUUCCAUCGAGUACGAGAAGUUUGAGAUGGAGACGGCAGCCAAACUCUGGAAGGUCGUCGACAAAGUCAACGAACCGGCGACCACUGGUGGGGCCUACAGGGCCCUGGCUGCUUUUUCGACCUCCUGCCACACGCUCAAGGUUCUACCCGAUGCCGCCAAAAAGAACCUGAAGAUCCCAGCAUCUAAAAUAUCAACACCAAUGGACCUCGGACGAAAUCCCGAAGAUGUGCUGAACUACGCGCCGGGCUAUUGUUUCAUUGAUUUACUGCAAAGCAUAGAGGAUCCUGGAAUCCUGAAAGACUACGUGGAGUUCCUGUCGGCAUUACUGCGAAGCGAAGUGAACUCGAUGCCACGCUCUGCGUACUCGACGCUACAUCUUCGAUUGAGGCCCGACACGAAGGACAGAAACCUGAAGGCAGCGCCGCAACUGCUUUGCUCACUGUAUGAAGGAAACCGACACCCAAGCAUCCAGAGCAGCAUUGCAAUUGGAACGCUGCUGACUUACGAACCGCCCCUCCAGUGUGAUUCUGCUGGGAACCCAACAAAGGAUGCCCUCAUAAACCAGAACAGAUUCUACAAGCACCUGUUGGGCUCCCUCCUUCAGGACGUUCCCCUGGAUGCGAACGACUGGUAUCGGUCCUUCCUGGUCCCUUCGGCGUGGUGCCUUUUUAUGGAGCGUGCGUUCAGGGCAGCAGAGGAAAGCCGCAGGGCAGAGCUGGAGUACCUGCGGUCCCAUGGGAAACUGCCCGGCACUGCAGAAGAGGUUGCAGCCCGUCUCGGCACAUGCUGGCUCUGGGCAAGGGAUAUGUUGACUGAUGCUAUCAGGAAAAGCUGCAUAGGCCGAGCUUCUCUGCAAGGCAAUGCUCUGCUGGCUCUCUCAGCAUUGCUGGUCACGGUGAUGGAGUAUUACAACGGACUCGACACAGCCUCUAAGCAGCACGCUUCGCACGCAUCCGACCACGUUAGUCCGACGGAUUGGACCAAUGCCGGCUUGGAGAUUGUGUCCGCCUGCCUGAACGACAAGCUAGACUACCGUGGGAACAUGUUUGAGUGGAUCUUCAAGAACUCGACCAAGGCAGGUUCAAGCGCGGCGUCUUUGCUGCGCGGGUGUGCGGCCGUAAGUACGCGCUGGAUCCUGCCUUACCUGCACCAGAAGGACCCCAAGGCCCUGUCAAUACUGCUUGAGCAGAUGAUGAACCACCUGAACACCGAGCAGUCUAAGACCACCCAGCUCUUUGUGGGCAUAGGCCUUGGCUCCUUUGUUCAAGCUGCUGCCAGGGAGGGCAUUCUCGAGACCUCCGAAGGGACCGGGGGGAAAGGGCUCGUGGCGUACCUGACCAAAAACCUGACAGCAGCCUGCUUUGCAGGCGAGGACAGCGAACCGAGGGUGGGCGACCUUGUCUGCCUCACUCUCUGCCUUUCGGGCCUGAGCCAGGCGAGGGACGAGGACCUCAAGAACACGGUCCUCAAGGCGUGCGCCCAGUUCUGCGAGCUCCUCCACACCAUGGACUCGAGGUCUUGUUCGUUUGAGGUUCACUGCCUCUGCACCAGCAUUCUGAUCUGCAGCGCAGCGUCGACGCUCUUGACGAUCGAGAACGUCGAGGAGCUUUUCCUCUGGUUUGAGAAGCGGCGCCAGGAGCAUCCUCAGUGCGCAGGAACGUCCAUGUCCCUGGGACUCCUGGUCCACACGAUGGUUGGGAUGAACCAUUCCAAGGGAGAAAUCUUGCACAGUUCUCUCCUGAGCCACUGGCUUUCAGUUGUGGCUUCUGAGAGCCAGCCGACUUUGUCUCGGCUUGCAGCCAUCAAGGGGUUGUGUGUCCUGCUGACUGGAGGUCGAGUUUUGCUUAUGAACAUGGAAGAGCCAUCGGCGAACACAACCAAGGGCCUGAAGCAGGCGUCCGAGUUGCUCACCAGCCUCCUGAACGUCUCCAAGGACACGGGCUUAAUGAACUGUUCGGCCUGGAUUCUGGGACAGCUGCACAUUGCACUGAGCGGUCAGACGCAGUCUACGUCUUCAGUUCCGGCAAGCUAUGCCUACCUGAGCGAUCAAAGUGUCCUGAGGCCCCUAACAAACUUUGUGUCUGCAGCCACGAAGUCAGGCUUGGUGAAUGCCCACGUGUUUGCGUGCCUGCGUGCCCUGAACCAAGACUUUCCGCGUGCCCUGCCACCGUUUAACUGGACUUCCUUGCUGACUCCCAUCCUCAAGGACACCGACGACGCGGACCUGGCCACGCUGAUACUGGGCGUUGCCGUGCGCAAUGGCGUGUCUUCCCUUUCCAUGGGCUCAUUCUUGGCUUCCUGCGCAUCUCUCCCCGUACUCCACACACUCUUGCCUGAAUGUGUGGACCUUCUGGUGUCAGCUCUCAGCACUGUUGUGAGGGUGGUUCCGUCAAGCAAGCUACGGCCUUUCCUGAAACUCGUGGCGAUCAGGGCCGCCUCCUCCAGCCAAGGUGCAGAGGUCGCCGUCAAGGGUCUGAAAGAGGUGCUCCAGUCUUCGGACCUCCAGCCAAGUACGACGCUGUUGGUCUGCGAGACAGUGGUGGAAUUGUUUUCCAGGCUGGAGAAUUCCUUCCGAGCUUUCUUGGGAAACAGUCGCUCGGAAGUGCUGGCCGACUGCUUUGUGCUGCUGCCUGAAAGCGCCCAAGCCACCUUGUUGGACGGAACGAAGUCUCUGACCCUCAUGAUAUACCUCCACUGCCAGUUGUUCAGAAAGGGCAAGCGGAGCAUCGGGUCUAUCUGCAACCCGUUCACUGCAGCCUGCAGCCUGCCUCAGGGAGAAAGAGCAGAUGUUCUUCGGAUGCUGUUAACGUGUCUGGACCUUGAGAGCUCCGAAGCCGGUGCGACGUCGGACGUUAUCGGGUGGUUUGCCGACUGCUUGAUGGCCGUCAAAGAAACCACCCAGUCACCUAGUCUAGACGUGGCGUUGCUGAGAUUCCAGCUCCAGCUUGUUUCGCUGUUUUCAAUCGCUUUUGGAGGCCUCUACAUCCGGCAGAAUGCUGUCGAGCAGUCCGAUUUAGCCAGUGUCCUGUUGCUUCUCCUGCCAAGGGCGCUAAGAUGUCUGCUCAGACUUCCCAAAUGGGAGGGUAUCAAUCAAGUGGUGCUGGAAUGGCUCGUGGGCCUCGUGAACGAGCCUAUCCCACAAGAAUUCAAGGACCUGCUUCUGGGAUCUGUCUGUUCCUUGCGCUCCGUGGACCAGUUUAAGUCUCCGUCAUUGUGGGCACGGGCCGUGCCACACGUGGGACUUUGCUAGGACCAUUUCUGCUGCGGAAAGUUUUCUCUUUUUACUAAAAGUGUGCGAACCUUGUUAUGCAA